AUGAAGACUAAAGCAGAGAGUACAGAUAUGCCUAAUGACUGGGUGGUGUCCAAAAUCGAUCACAGCUCUGAGGAUCCAAAUUUUGGCUUCGUCGAAACCCUGUAUCAGACCUGCUCAGCUGCUCUUGUGUCUCUAUGGAAAUCGCAUUUUCGAUUGACAACUCAUAAUCCACAGAAGAUCAUUCUGAAGAAAGAUAUAGCGAACAUCCAGUUCUGGGAAGAGAACUUCCCUGCCGGCCACCUUGAUACCAUCCUGGCAGAGUCGAGCGGCUUGAAGAUCCGUGUGCUCGAGAGCCUGACGGGUAUUGGCAGGAUUCUCAUCUCCUUUUUCACAGAUUUUGAUGAAGCAAUAUUCAGCACACAGAACGAAUGUAAUCCCGAAUGCAACUUUGUGAAUGACCUGGAAACACAAUUGGAAAAGGCUGCACUGAUGCUUGACGCCGAAGAAAGAUCUGAGCCAUCGUCGGAUGAGGAGACCUCCUACGAUUCCUCCCACGAUUCCUCCCUAGCCACCGAACGUCACCAGAAUCGCCUCGGACGCCUCCACUCCUACAUAAGCUGUCUGAUAGAUCUUACACCCGUGGUGGAGAGGUAUAUAUGCUCCUUGAAUUGCAAGGCGGAAGUUCAAUAUGUUCCGAUCGAGACUGCCUUUCGUUUAUCUCAUCGUGCGCAGCCUUACGCAAUGCAUAUUCGCGACCGAUUUGAAAACGCACCUACCUCUCUUGUGGAGCGGUUAGCAGAGGCUAACUUGGAAAGAUUAAUCCGGCUUCGAACGCAAGAAGACGAGGAAGAAGUGGAUGAUCACACGAAUCAGGACACUGUGACAUUGUUCAAGCCCGUUUCCCUGUUCCAUGACUCUGGUCUUGGGACAUCCAUUCCUACAAUGUCGCAGUAUGCCGCUACUGUCGCUUCCCAUACUUCGUUCCUCUCGGUUGCUGGAGAAGAGGCCCUUGGUCGCCCCCGAGUUCCCCCACUACCACAGGAAGGCGGACAUCCCUUUCAAUGCAAUUACUGUCACAGGACCAUUUCUAUGCGAAAUCGAAUAGAGUGGAAGAUGCAUGUCUUCGGUGAUUUGGAGUCGUACGUUUGCACACGCGAUGACUGCAGGGACGGGCUCAAAACAUUCCCGACCCGUCAAUUAUGGGCGGAUCACGAAUUCAAUGAGCACUUUACUCUGCUCCGAUGGCGUUGCUUCAACUGCAGCAUCCCAUUCAACACCCCGGAACUCUUUGUUGAACAUUUGGCUCAAGCGCAUGGUAUUAUACUGACUGGCCACCGUUUAAAAGCUAUAACUUCAGAAGCGCGAGAGACAGUCUUGACACCUGGAUUCGAGGACUACAAGUGUCUGUUAUGCUUACAGGAUGGCUGGAAGACCAAGAAAGCCUAUACGACCCAUGUCGGGCGACACCUGGAGGAGAUCUCCCUGGCAUGUCUCCCGAGAGAUGAAGAAGACAGUAUUGACGAUGGCUUAGUUACAGACAUAUCCAGCACCCCCGGCAAUAUUGAGGGGCCGGCUUCCUCCACUGGAGCAAGCUAUGAGGUCGAUGCAGAUUCUGAAGCUCAAUAUGAGCAAUGGGGCCGACCUGUGUCAACUCCUGAGCCCAUUCUGGCCGAUUGGGCGAGCAAAGAACACGAGGACUCGGAGUCUGGCGUUAUAAUCGAUACGGGUAGCCCCAAAACAAUCUCGCCCCGAGUUAUUCCGAGUGCACUCUUUUCAGGCCCGUCGCUUUCAAACGAACAGUGGGCGGGCUCCGAAUCAGUACAGCCUAACAGCUACUGGUCAGUGGCCGAGAAACGCUAUUUCAAGAGGCUGUUGGCCCACUUUGGUGAAGACUUUGAAGGGAUAUCGAGAUUUAUGAAGACCAAAACCCAGGUCAUGGUGAGAUCGAAGCAUCUGCGCUUUCUCUCGAGUUGA